CGUAAGUCAUUGUUGGGUAAGCGCAAGCGCUGCUAGCGAGAGUUCCAUUAGUUGUCGUACGCAGUAGCCUACUAUUGCGUCAUUUGUAAUUUUGCGUUUAUGUUGACAAAGUGUUGAUAUAGAGUGUGUAUUAGGGCGUCGCAUAUGGCUCUUAUACGGUGUUGGAGGUUUGCGGGAGUCCUUCCGCGGCUGUUGUGGAACAGCACCGUCCUACCCGGGGCUUCCGUCCCGGGAGGACGAAGCUGUGUGUCCAGCCAUAUCAACACUCACCACGGUUGCAAAACCACAGAGCUGCUGCUCCGCAGGUUCAGUUCAGCGCCACCGAGCACAGAUGUGAGUUAUGACCAGUUGAAGCAGCUCCUGGCUGGGCGGAAAGCUGUAGUUAUAGAUGUCAGAGAGCCGUGGGAGCUCAGGGAGUACGGCUUCAUCCCCGGGUCAAUUAACGUUCCUCUGGGACAGGUGAACACCGCCCUCCAGCUGGGUCCUGAAGAGUUCAACGAAAAGUAUGGAGGUGAAAUGCCCCAGCAGACAGAUAACGUUGUGUUCACCUGUCUGGCAGGAGUCAGGAGCAAGACUGCCCUUGAUACAGCCACAUCGCUGGGAUACAAAGAUGUUCAACAUUAUCCGGGCGGAUGGCAAGACUGGGUGAAAAAUGAACAACAGAACUGAUCCAGGAAUAGCGAAACAGAAGAAAUUGUUUAAAGCUCUUACCCAAGAUCAGACUGGCAAGUGAGAGUGUGUAACGAGGAGGGUUGAAAAGGGUUUAAAAAGGUUCAUUUACUCUUCUGUUCUGUGAGCCAGUGACUGAAUUUGUUUUCCUCAUCUAUGAAUCCCAAAGACUGGAACCAGAGGGCUCAGAAUCACACGUCUGCUACUACAAAUCUUAAUAACUACUGCAAUGGUACUUGAAGUUAAAUUUAUUUUGGCAUAGAACUAUUAAUAAACCCUUUACAUCUUCUGAAGAGACAAAUGUAUAACCAGUGAGUAUUCUAAACUGUACUACAAAUAAUAAGCCACAGUGAAGAGAGAUUGCUGAAGUUUUUGUUUCCAGACUAUCUAUGCAAAUGACUACUUAACUGUGUAUGAUUGUGAGUUCAAAUGAAGUCGUCCAUUGCAAAAUAUGGACAGUUCAACAGUUCAAGUUAAUGUGUUGUAAAUAUAUAGUGAAGUGUUGGUUGUGGAUGAAACUGAAGUCAUUGCCAACAUUGUUCAAUAAAUCGAAUUUUAUUAACUGUGA